AUGCCCUCCGAACCCGCAACACCCCAGUUUCAAGUAUAUACCGCUACUCAAGCUUGCCUUUCCAUAACCCUAUACUUUCAACUCGUCGAGUUUCGGGACUCUGCCUUUGUCUGGGCGGGUGUGGAGGGCAAAGAAGUACUCAGCAACCUUGCCACUGCUAUACCGGCUCUGCACGGAGGAGCACCCGCAGCAACGACAAUGAUAUCAAAUGAUAAGAAAGCGGCAGGAUGA